CAGGAGAGAUCAGUCAUGGGCCUGCUGAUACCAAUCCUUCUGGGGUUUCUUGCCUGUCUGAUCGGAGGACUGUACCUUCUGGGGGUGUUUCGUCAGCUGCCGUCCAGGUGAACCCCCCUGGAUAAGGGGUUCAUUCCAUGGCUGGGUCAUGUCUUUGAGUUUCGCCGGGACACACUUAAAUUCUUGGAGAGGAUGAAACAAAACCAUGGAGAUGUAUUCACUGUACAGCUGGGAGGGUUUUACUUCACAUUUCUCCAGGAUCCUUUUUCAUUUGGAGCCUUUGUUAAGGAAAAACGAGAAAAACUGGACUUUAACAAGUUUGCUAAGCAACUAGUGCAACGAGUUUUCAGUUACAAAGGCAUAACAGAUGACCACCACAUACUUCAGACAGCCAGUAACAGACACCUCAUGGGUGACGGUCUGGUACUAAUGACACAAGCCAUGAUGAGUAAUUUACAGAACCUGAUGUUGCACAACAUUGGCUCAGUUACAAACCAAAGCACCUGGAAAGAAGAUGGACUGUUUAUGUACAGUUACAACAUUCUCUUUAGAGCCGGGUACCUGUCACUGUUUGGCAAUGUCCCACCUGAGUCAGAAGGAAAUGAGGAGGAAGCAAAAAAGAAGGACAGAACUGAAUCAGACGCAUUAUUUUAUGAGUUCCGUAAAUAUGACCAACUCUUCCCUGACCUGGCCUAUGGAGUCCUGCCCCCAAAGAAAAAGAAGGAGGCAGAGAGACUCAUGGGACUCUUUUGGGAUGCCCUGGCAAUACAAAAGUUGAAGAACAAAGAUGACAUCAGUCGCUGGGUGUGGGACAUCCAACAGGCCAAAGCAGAGUAUGGUAUGGAAGAGUCAAUGAUAAGCAGGUACAUGUUCGUACUUCUUUGGGCCUCUCAGGGCAACACAGGGGCUUCCUCAUUCUGGUUACUCCUCUUCCUCAUGAAACAUCCAGAAGCCAUGGCGGCUGUAAAGGGAGAGGUAGAUAAAGUCCUGAAGGAAACAGGGCAGGAAGUCCAGCCUGGUGGCCCUUUAAUCAACCUGACCCGUGACAUGCUGAUGAAAACCCCAGUCCUGGACAGUGCUGUAGAAGAGACCCUCCGCCUCACUGCUGCACCCCUCCUCACCAGGGCAGUGCUCCAAGACAUGACCCUAAAGAUGGCUGACGGCCGUGAAUACUUCAUUCGCAAAGGAGACAGAAUGGCGAUGUUUCCUUACGGCGCCGUUCAUAUUGACCCAGAGAUCCAUCCUGACCCACAUUCAUUCAAAUACAACCGCUUUCUGAAUCCAGAUGGGAGCAAGAAAACUGAUUUUUACAAAGGAGGGAAGAAGGUCAAGUACUACACCAUGCCCUGGGGUGCCGGGGUCUCCAUGUGCCCUGGACGUUUCUUUGCCACCAAUGAGCUAAAACAGUUUGUUUUCCUCAUGCUGGCCUAUUUUGAAUUUGAGCUGAAGAAUCCUGACGAGAAGAUACCUGAAAUAGACGUCAGGAGAUGGGGCUUUGGAUCAAUGCAACCUGUCAGAGACGUCCAGUUUCAGUACAGACUCAGAUACUAAAGCAACAGUCAUGUGGUAUUUUGUUCUUUUCUGUUUCAACAUGUUAUACUUUUUGCUCUCUCUAAACUUUGGUUGCCAUGUUUUG